CCUCACUCUUACAGUACAGCUCUGACUUGCAUCUGCAUUGGAUCUUUCGUUCGCAGCAGCGCACAUCCGCCCUUUACUCGUUUCGAUCCAGAUUUUCCUCAGAAUCAGAGUGAGGAUUAAUCAACGACACGAGAUAAUUCUCCAAUUGAAUUAAUAGCGCCUUUUCUUUCACGAAUGCGCACAGUCUGAGCUUUCCCUCCCUCUACCUCUCUUUCUCUCAUUCUGAAAUCUCACCACCAAAAAAUUACUGCAAAUCCAGCCACCGAGAAUCCUCAAAAAGAUGGGCUUCCUCGACUGGAACGACGGUGCCUCCGUCCUCUCAGGCAGAUCUCGCCGUCACAAAUCCUCUCGCUCUCACAAGAAGCGCCGUUCGCGAUCCCGCUCCCGCUCUAGCUCCCGUGAGCGUGGCCGUGGUGGCUUCGCGGAUAUGGCAGACUCCUUCUUUGGCGGAGAUCGCUAUGGCAAGCACAAUUCCUCGCGCGCUUCAUUCUUUGGACUUGGUGGUAACAACAGCCGCUCGAGCUUCUUUGGGAACAGUCGCUCAUCUUACUACAAGCGCUCCCCACGUCAAGGCUUCGUCCAGAAGACAUACAAGCAACUCAAGCGUCUCCUCCGCGACCUCGUCCACUGGGCUAAGCGCCACCCAUGGAAGGUCUUCUUCGUCGUUAUCAUGCCCCUCGUCACGGGGGGAGCUCUGACUGCUCUUCUUGCCCGCUUCGGCCUACGUAUCCCACCCGCCAUUGAGCGCAUGCUUGGUGUCGCCUCCAAGGCUGCCACGGGCGACUCGUCCGGCCUCGUAGGCGAAGCUGUCCGCAUGGCCAGCGGUUUUGGCGGCAACAGCGCUGUUCGCGUAGAGCGCGACACGCACUCCUACAGCGGUGGCGGUGGUGGCGAUACUUGGGGUGGUUUCGCUGAUAUGGCCAAGAAGUGGAUGUGAUGUUGCUUCAGCGAGAUGGCGUCGUUGCUUUGGACUUGUGACACUACCUUUUGGACGAGACGCACGCAAUUGGCUUUGCUUGAGGCGUUUCAGGAACGGAACGGAAUGGAAUGGGAAGGAUUUACUUGGGAGGAUUAUUGAGCCCGCAUCGCCAUAUUACUGGUGAUUUUACAUAGAGACGGCAAGGCAGCAUUCUUGAAUACAUUUCACGACUUAAUGACCCCUGAAUGUUGAGCUUUGUACCUGUCUGGAG